GUUAAGCAGCAACAAAAACAGCUGUUCGUACAUUACGCAAAGGUUUUUUCCAUUUUUGUUUAUUAAAAAUGUCGCUGUUGGCCGCCUUUGCUAGACUGGGAUUACAGAGGAGUGGCGGAGUGACCGGCGCCGUCACUGCACGGUGUCUCCAUAUAUCGCCAGUUCUCUGCGCGGAACCCCUCAAGAAAAAGAAGAAACUGGAUCCGCAGAUUGUCAAGCAGCGGGAGGAUCGCAAAAAAAAGAAGAUCGAGAAGCAGAUCCGUCGGCUGGAGAAGAAUGCACGCCAGCUGAAACCAGUUGAGGAACUGGAGGUCCCACUGGAGCUCAUCGAUGAUAAAGAUAAACGCCAGAGAAAGUUAACCCCACUGGGCAGCGCAGAGCUGGAGGAACGUGCCCUCCUCAAAAAACAGUGGGCGCACUAUAAGCACGACGAGCGAGUAGCCGACUUCCAGAUUAUCGACCGGCUGGUCCAGGCACAGAACAAGGCUCUGGCGGAGCUCCGGCGCGAGUCCGAGGAGCUCUACCAGGCGGCCAUCGAAGUGGACCUCCAGUUGCUUCCUGUCGCCGUCAAAGGACCCGUGGCCACGCCCCCCAUUAAGAACUAUGCCAGUCCCGAUGGCGACUACCUGCAUCAGUCCAUGAAAUGGGAGGUCAAGUAGGGUGUACAUGUGCCUGAAGUCAGAGAUUUGAAAUAAAGAAAACGCCUAUCGCCAA